AUGGGCAGGAAGUUCAGUGGGCUGGAGCUCACCCUGAUUGCCCUCUUCACCCUGGUCACUGUCAUCGCCUGUGUCCUCAUUGGGCUGCUGGCCACGGGGCAACCCGGAGUCAAAUCUCCAGACUUUUACCCACAAUGUCAGAAUACACCAGUAGCAGAGAGAAUUGACUGCAUCCCAGAUCAACUAGCAACACAGAGCACCUGCUCCCUCCGUGGCUGCUGCUGGAGCCCCCAGAGCGACGCCAACGUUCCCUGGUGCUUCUUCUCCCACAAGCAUGGCUACCAAGUGCGGGGCUCCCAGAGAUCCACCAGGGCAGGGUUUGAGGCCACGCUGGACAGGCUGCCAUCCCCUUCCCUCUUCGGGAAUGACAUCCAGACCGUGCUGCUCACGGCGGAGUAUCAGACGAACAACCGCUUCCGAUUCAAGAUCACUGACCCUAACACUCGAAGGUUUGAGGUCCCCCAUGAGCACGUGAAGCCCUUCGAGGGAUCCAUGGCCUCCAACCCCAACUAUAAAGUGGAGCUGAAGCAGAACCCCUUCGGCCUCGUGGUGACCAGAGCCAGCAAUGGCAAAGUGCUGUUUGACACCACCAUUGGGCCCCUGCAGUACGCUGAGCAGUUCCUGCAGCUCUCCAUCAAACUGCCCAGCAGCAACAUCUACGGCGUGGGCGAGCACGUGCACAAGCAGUACAGGCACGAUGUCAACUGGAAAACCUGGCCUCUCUUCAGCAGGGACACUGGCCCCUCUGCAGCAAUGGAUAACUUGUAUGGAACCCAUACUUUCUUCCUGUGUUUGGAAGACAACACUGGAGCCUCCUUUGGUGUUUUCCUGAUGAACAGCAAUGCCAUGGAGUUUGUGGUGCAGCCUGCUCCAGCAGUGACCUACAGAACCAUUGGAGGCAUCCUGGAUUUCUACAUCUUCCUGGGGAACACUCCAGAGCAAGUAGUCCAGGAGUACCUGCAGUUUGUGGGACUGCCAGCACUGCCUGCCUACUGGAACCUGGGAUUCCAGCUCUGCCGCUAUGGAUACGCCUCCCUGGAUGAGGUGAAGGAGGUGGUGGAGAGGAACAGAGCUGUUGGACUGCCCCACGAUAUCCAAGUCAUUGAUAUUGAUUACAUGGAGAACAGGAAAGAUUUUACUUAUGACAAAGUGAAAUUCAAAGACCUCCCUAAAUUUGCAGCUUAUUUGCAUGAGCAUGGACAAAAAUACAUCAUCAUAUUGGAUCCUGCUAUUAGCACCCAAAAAAUGGCUGAUGGAAGUCCCUAUGGAAGCUACGUCAGGGGAACAGACAGAAAUGUCUGGGUUAAUGAGUCAGAUGGAACAACACUGGUUGGGGAGGUGUGGCCAGGAGAAACUGUGUUCCCAGACUACACCAGCCUCGAGGCCACGAACUGGUGGGCGAACGAGUGCAAACUGUUCUAUGACAUGGUGCCCUAUGAUGGAAUAUGGAUUGACAUGAAUGAAGUGUGCAACUUUGUUCAAGGCUCAAAAAAAGGUUGUGCAGACAAUGAGUUAAACUACCCUCCUUACACUCCCAGGAUCCUCGACAGAGUCAUGUACUCCAAGACACUUUGCCUGGAUGCAGUGCAGAGCUGGGGCAAGCAAUAUGAUGUCCACAAUCUUUAUGGAUAUUCCAUGACCCUAUCCACUAGGAAAGCCAUUGAGGCGUUGUUCCCAGGAAAGAGAAGCUUCCUCAUCUCGAGGUCCACUUUUGCAGGAUCAGGAAAGCACGGGGGACACUGGCUGGGGGACAAUGCAGCCACGUGGGACCAGCUGAAAUGGGCAAUCCCUGGAAUGCUGGAGUUCAACCUCUUUGGAAUUCCUUAUGUUGGAGCAGAUAUUUGUGGUUUCAGUGAAGACACCACAGAAGAACUUUGCAGACGAUGGAUGCAAGUGGGAGCAUUUUACCCAUUUUCCAGGAACCACAACGGUGAACAUGUCAUACAUCAAGAUCCAGCUGUGUUUGGAGCCAACUCCUUGCUGGUGAACAGCUCCAAGCAUUACCUGAACAUUCGCUACACUUUGCUGCCCUACCUGUACACGCUGCUCUACAAAGCUCACACCCAAGGGGACACGGUCACGAGGCCACUGCUCCACGAGUUCUACUCUGAUGAAAUAACGUGGGACAUCGACAGGCAGUUCCUGUGGGGCCCUGGGCUGCUGAUUUCCCCUGUUCUUGAGCCGGGUGUGGAGUCCACUCGUGUGUACUUUCCUGAUGCAGAGUGGUACGAGUAUGACACGGGUGAACCAAUGCAACUGAAGAAAGUAUGGCAAAACAUACCAACCCCUGGAGACAAAAUGGGGUUGCACCUGAGAGGAGGAUACAUUUUCCCUACUCAGAAACCAGAGAUCACCACAGUGGCAAGCCGCAAGAAUCCAAUGGGACUCAUAAUUGCCUUGGAUAUCAACAAUGAAGCUUCUGGGGAUUUGUUCUGGGAUGAUGGAGAAUCCACAGAUACAAUUGACAAGAAAGCCUACAUUUACUAUGAGUUUAAAGUUUCCAACAAUGCUCUGCAAAUGACUGCUACACACAGCAAUUAUGCUGAUCCAAACAACCUGAAAUUUGAGGAAAUCAAGAUACUGGGAUUGUCCAAGGAAAUAGCAUCAGUUUCUGUGUCUCAGAACAAUGUUGUGCAAGCUUAUACUGCUGAUAUCACCUACGAUCCUGCAACAAAGGUUGCUGUUAUAAAAGGACUUCAGCUUGAACUGGGAAAAUCUUACACAAUCAAAUGGACUCUAAAUAUGAAUAUCAAUGAAAGAUUUGAUUGUCAUCCCAGCCCUAAUGCAACAAAAGAAAAAUGUCAACAACUUGGCUGUUCCUGGGAAGAGACAUCAAAUCCAGAUAUUCCUUCCUGCUACUACAGCUCCAGCAAUCCUUACCUUGUAGACAAGGUUGAUUAUUCCUCCACUGGAAUUGUAGCCACCCUCACCUUGGAUGACUCCAGGGUCAGGGCCAGGGCUAACGAUGCUUACACUACCCCAAUCAGCACCCUGCGCCUGGAGGUGAAAUACCAUCACAACAACAUGCUGCAGUUUAAGAUCUAUGACUAUGCAAACCCACGGUACGAGGUCCCCGUGCCCCUGAACCUCCCCAGCUCCCCCACGAGCUCGAGCCAGGACCGGCUCUACGACGUCUCGCUGCAGAUCAAACCCUUCGGGAUCCAAGUGCGCCGCAGAAGCACGGGCACGGUCAUCUGGAGUUCAGGCCUGCCCACCUUCACCUUCAGUGACAUGUUCAUCCAGAUUUCCACCCGCUUGGCAUCCCAGUACAUCUAUGGCUUCGGAGAAUCGGAGCACCCCAGCUUCCGACACAACAUGAGCUGGCACACCUGGGGAAUGUUCACCAGGGACCAGCCUCCAACUUACAAGUUGAAUUCCUAUGGUGUUCAUCCAUUUUAUAUGGCUCUUGAAGAAGAUGGCAAUGCCCACGGAGUUCUCUUGCUUAACAGCAAUGCAAUGGAUGUGACUUUCCAGCCCACCCCUGCCCUGACCUACCGCACCAUCGGAGGAAUCCUCGACUUCUACAUGGUUUUGGGCCCGACCCCCGAACUCGUGGUUCAGGAAUACACCGAGCUGAUUGGGCGCCCAGUCAUGCCACCCUACUGGUCCUUGGGAUUCCAGCUGUGCCGCUAUGGAUACGCCAAUGACCAGGAGGUCGCCCAGCUCGUGGAGGAAAUGAAGGCGGCUCAAAUUCCCCAUGAUGUCCAAUAUGUAGAUAUUGACUACAUGGAAAGGAACCUGGACUUCACCCUUUCCCCACGUUUUGCUGGAUUACCAGCUCUGAUCAACAAAAUCAAAGCAGAAGGAAUGAGAUUUAUCAUUAUCCUGGAUCCAGCCAUUUCUGGGAAUGAAACCAAUUAUCCUGCCUUCACCAGAGGUGUGGCUCAGAAUAUCUUUGUACAAUGGUCUGAUACCAAAGAAAUUUUGUAUUCCAAGGUACUGUCCCGGGAUGAGGCUUUGCAAGGUGCCACCAAGGAGCGCGGGAUCAUCAUCAGCCGCUCCACGUACCCCAGCAGCGGGAGAUGGGUGGGACACUGGCUGGGGGACAACACGGCAGCCUGGGACCAGCUGCACAAAUCCAUUAUUGGCAUGAUGGAGUUCAGUCUCUUUGGAAUAUCUUAUACAGGAGCUGAUAUCUGUGGCUUCUUCAAAGACUCACAGUAUGAGUUGUGUGUCCGCUGGAUGCAGCUGGGUGCGUUUUACCCAUAUUCCAGGAAUCACAAUGAGAAAGGAACACGGAGGCAAGAUCCUGCUUCCUGGGAUGACAAAUUUAAAGAGAUGUCCAGGGACGUGCUGAACAUAAGAUACACCCUGUUACCUUACCUCUACACCUUGCUGUACGACGCCCACGCCCACGGCAGCACCGUGAUCCGCCCCGUUCUCCAUGAGUUUGUGGGAGACAAGACCACGUGGGACAUCGACGAGCAGUUCCUCUGGGGUCCUGCCCUGCUCAUCAGCCCUGUGAUGAGAGAGAAUGAUCGGAGUGUGAGGGCGUAUUUCCCCGAUGCCCGCUGGUACGAUUACUACACAAACGCAGAUACUGGCUUUAGGAAACAAUUCCAAAGUCUAUCUGCUCCUUUGGAGCACAUCAACCUGCACAUCCGAGGUGGAUACAUCCUACCUUGGCAAGCACCUGCUACUACAACUGCUUACAGUCGGAAAAACCCGAUGGGACUCACGGUGGCCCUGGAUGACUCUCUGCUUGCAGCAGGACACCUUUAUUGGGAUGAUGGAGUUCGCAUCGAUGCAUAUGAAGAUGGUGUUUACCUGCUGACAUCAUUUACUGCUAAGCAGAAUGUUCUGGAGAUCAGAGUCACACAUCAGAAUUACACGGACCCAAACAACCUCAUGUUCACUGACAUCAAGGUCCUGGGGGUGCCCAGCAGUGUCACUCAGGUGACAGUGUCACAGGACGGGGCAGCAAUCCCAUCAGCCCACAAGGUUGCCUAUAACAGCAACAAAAAGCUCCUGGAAAUCACCAAUCUCCAGCUGAAACUGGGCCAGAGCUACACCCUGCAAUGGAGCUAG